CUGCCUGCUUAAUUUAUUUUAAGCCAAGAAGAGGAGAACCCAGGUAUCAAAACAGCCAUCAAGCUGGGAAGGAGUGUCCCCAGACACAGAUUGACACAACAUCCAGGAGACACACCAUGAGCUGGCAGUCACGGCCUCCAUGGAAGGCCAACCCCCAGAUGGACCCCAAGGCCUUGUUCCAGAAGGAGCAGCUCAUGUUGGCCCUGUAUCCCCAGACCACCUGCUUCUACCGUGCCCUGAUCCAUGCACCCCUACAGCGGCCCCAGGAUGACUACUCGGUCCUGUUUGAAGACACCUCCUAUGCAGAUGGCUAUUCCCCUCCCCUCAAUGUGGCCCAGAGUUAUGUGGUGGCUUGUAAGGAGCCCAAGAAAAAGUGACACCGCCUGGUGGACCCGCCAUCCACCAACGACACAGGGCAGGACAGCAGAGGACGUGCUGGGAUUAAACA